AGGAAUACCUCCCCAAAAAUGAUACAAGAAAAGAUUCACCUAAAUCUGUUCACAGCUGUCUGCAGAGCUCCUACUGUGUGCUGAACCUGAGGGUACACAGGGCACGGACACGUUUGGCAGGCCAGGUUUCCACACUUUUUGGUCCAGGCAAACCCAGAGGAGCCAGCUGGCUCAAGGACUUGGCAGCUGCGCGAUGACUCAACAGAGUUUACGUUCGAACCCAUGGCUGCAAGACUUAGGAGCUCACGAUGGCAUCUGCCGUGGUUCACUGCCCCAGGGAGUACUGAAUGAACGACAGAGGGGGUGGUCCCCGAGCAUCCGCAGCUCAACUGCCCCGCCCUGGCCUGCGACAUCCUCCCACCCGCAUGGACUGCGCGCAGCGCCGCCCAGCGGGGAGCCCAGCUGGGUGCCAGCGCCCGCGCCAGCGAAGCGGAGGAGGCCGGCGCCCGAGGCGGGGCAAAGUUCCUCCCAGCGCAGCGAGGACCGGAGGGCAAGGCCAGCGCGCGCCGGCGGCCUUGCGUCCGGGGCACAGAAGCGACGGGCCCGCACGGGGCGGGGACAGGAUGCGGCUGCUAGGCCUGCGGCUGUGGGGCGCGCAGAGUCCACCUGGCGGCCAAGAGCGCUGGCGACCACUGAAGCUCCUCGGGGCCUUCGGAGUCCGGGCUGCGCCUGUGCCCGCGGGAAGGCUGGGCGCUGCCCACACACAGCCCCUGCUCCAGGCCAGCCCCGCAGGGAGACUACUGGGGCGGCGGUAGGUGGGCGGGGCCGGGUCGGGGGCUGCUGUGGGCUGCCGACAGGCAGCGCGCGGGCAGCCCUCGGCAGAUGGCCAAUGGCGGCGGCGCUCUGGGCGCGGGGGGCGACGCGGCGCUUGUUGGCGGCGCUGCAAGGCCAGAGCCUGCGGCUCGCGGCCGUGUCGUCAGGUACUCACAGGUUGACUGCAGAGGAGAGGAACCAAGCUAUACUUGACCUUAAAGCAGCAGGAUGGUCGGAAUUAAGUGAGAGAGAUGCCAUCUACAAAGAAUUCUCCUUCCACAGUUUUAAUCAGGAAAAAGAGGCAAAUGACCAGAAAAUCAGCUGAUGUCAAGGAAUGUAUUCAGAGAAUCAACACUGAGAUUAUAUCCAGGGGUCAGUUUUCCAGCCAGGCUCCUAUGACUUCUGCAUGUACCAUGGCCUGUAGUGGUACCGGUGUCCUGACAGUUGUGAGUGCCCUCCAGUGAAGCACAACUAGGAACACACCUACAGUCAAACAAGUUGAGCUUAUUGCUUAUUGCAGUGAGGGAGAAUGCACACCGAAGGGCACCAUGGGGUGAGCCAGUAUAGGGUUUGGGCUUGUGUAGUGAUUUGGGGAGUUUGCUCUGGAUUAGAUGUUGUCAGGAAAUGGGUAAUUCUGUCAUUUAGUGUUUUAAUAAAUUGUAUCUAUAGGGAGAGUAGAUUAAAGUGGUGCCAAAGCUGAAAUUGAAGAAGCAAUAGUCACUCGUUAGCUGGGAGAGGAGGAUGUUUGGUAUUUUGUGGCUUGGACAGUGUUCAUGUUUUGUCUAUGUUCAGAUAUUGCAGAGUGGUCUUGUUUUUGCCUUCAUCCAUCAUGGUCACAGAGUGGCCUUGUCUGAUGUUGAUGUUGAUGUUCGAAAGGAGAGGACGAAGGACUGGUUGAUAGUACCAGGCCAGCGCCCAGGUAUCAGGAGCUGCUUUUCUCUUGCUCACAACUAGUGAGUAGAGUCGUGACCCUCUGGCACUGACAGGUUAUUAUUCAUCUUUCAUCUAGGAUAGAAAAGCUAUUGUUUUUUAUUGUAACAACAGCAUAACAUUAAAAUAGGAUGGUGUAAAUAAAAAAAAUUUCCAAUUGCAACUACUUUUAUUUUUCUCUGUUCUCUUCUGGUCUUUCUCCAUGGAUAUGUUUGUUUGCCAAGUGUGCCAGGGCAUGCCAGUUAUACAUGUGGUUACAUUUUUAAAAAACAUUUUAAUUUUAUCAUAAAAUAUUUAUUAAUUCAACAAAGAUUUAUUAAGCAUUUUCUGUGUGCUAGGUACUACUCUUAAGCUCAUACAGUUCCUAUCCCACUGGGAAGAUAGACAAUAAACAGAUGAAUAGGAAAUACAAUUUCAGCUAGUGAUGAGUACCCUGAAGAAUAAAGUAGGGAAUUGGAGUGGAGGGGGACAGAGGCACUCUUGGAGGUGGAGUGGUCUGGAAAGGCCUCUCUGGGGAGGGGACCUCUGAGGCCUGAAUAAUGUGAAGGAGCUCAGCACAUGAUGAUCCAAGGGAAGAGCUUUCCAGCUGGAGAACAGCAAGCACGGAGUUCCCAAAGCAGAAAGACCUUGCAUGAUUGAGCCCGAAGCAGAAGGCCAGUGUGGAGUGGAGUAGGAGAGAAGAUGAAGGGAAGGGUCAGAGCAUGGGGGCCUUCUUGGCGUGGUGAGGAGUUUGGAUUUUAUUCUGUGAAGGAAAGCUAAUGGAGGAUUUCAGGCAGAGAAGUGUCAUCCUGUGGCUGUGUUCUAAAAAAUCACCCUGGCUGUUCUGCUCAGAAUAGGCGGUAGGAAGGUCAGAGUGGAAGCAGGCAAACUCUGUAGAACACUGUUGCAGAUGUCUAGACCGGGGAUGACGGGGGUCCUAUGGAGGUAUCAGUGAGGAUGGAGAGAAAUGUAGGGUUCCACAUAUUUUGAAAGUAGAAUAAUCAAGACUUGCUGAAUGAUUGGAUGUGAGGAAGGGGAGAGUCAAGAAUGGCACCAAGGUGUUGGUUCAAGCUAUACAGAAAGGGUAGUGCCUCUGGUGCCAUUUACUGAG